AUGCCGUGUCCUGCUCCUUGUUGUGCGUACAUCAUAUUAUCAGGUUUAUCAUUGAAAACAUCGGAAGGAUACAGCAUACCGGAAGAACUCAUCUGUGCCGCAGUCAUAAAAGGUAUUUCCGGUUUUUCUGUGAAACUCAAGGGCCAAUUCCAUUUGAGCACUGCAACGUUAGAUUUUCUCGGAUCCACUACCAUUUGUGGAGAAUGGACUGAGAACGAUAUUAUCUCCGAUACAUUGGACGAAGAUAACGAAGAAGAAAUUGAAGGCCAACAAAUACAAUCCACCAUUACAAAUAAAGAAGCGACACUUGCAUUAGAAACAUUACGUAAAUAUAUUGAAGGCAAUGAAGGUAUGGAAGAUUUAUUUAAACCACUAGGUAUUUUAGAAAAUAGAAUUGAGAACAAUGUUGGUAAAAAACAAGUACUAUCUAUAAUGAGUUUCGACACAUCAUGGGACGUUGCUGUAUGUAAAAAUGUCUUCGAAACUUUGGAUCAAUGGCAAUUUAGGGAAGCAUUUUUGAUGGUUAAUAAACAUAAAUACCCUAGAGAUCAAUUAUUGGUUUUCUCUGAUAUUUUUAUGAAUAUUGAAUUUAAGAAUUGCAGGUAUUCAAAGCUGACCAGAGACCUUAUUGAAAGUCUAUCAAAAAGUUUUGUUGCUCAUUUGAGAACUAUACUCAAUUUACCUAAAAUCAGUGCAACCAAUGCUGCUGAAUCUGAAGAUAAUGGAAACGCUCACAAAGAAACACCAUGGGAUCAGAACUAUAUAUUACCAAGUUUUAUGUUGUUGGUCAAUAACCAUAUACGUCAAAAUCAAUAUGAAAUUCUUAAACAGUCGUGUAGUUUUAGCGGAAUACCAAGACCAGAAAUAAAAAAUGAACAUAUUAGUGAAGAUCAUUUUCGAGCUAGAUUGUACAUCCAAGAUAAAUUGAUAGCAGUUGGAGAUGCAGAUGAAAAAGAAUUUGCUUCUUCGUAUGCAUGGAAUAAUGUGAAAGAAUAUAAUCAACCUCCAACUACAUUGUUAGAUGUUAUGGAUGAUUCAAGAAUUGAUACUUCUAACUACUUAAUGCAUCAUAGUAAAAUAUCCGAAAACAAAGUCGGUAAUAUGAUUUUGAAAAAAAUGGGUUGGAAAGAAGGUGAUGGAUUAGGAAAGUAUAACCAAGGAGUCACAAUAUCACCAAUAGAAACUAUUCAUUUUAAAAAAAGAUUUGGACUGGAUAUGGCAAAUUAUGACACUAAUACUAAUAUUAAUAGAACACACUUGAUAGACUUUAAUAUACAAGUCGAGAAAUACGUAAUGAUGUUUUUAUAUGGUCCAAAAAAAAAGAAUUUCAUUUGCAACUGAGUUCACGAAGGAUGAGCGUAAAAUUAUUCACUCCAUUUGUACAGAAGUUGGCAUAUGGACCAAAACUUAUGAAAAAAAGGGAAACAAGCGGCAACUUACGAUAGUCAAAAAUCAAACUCCACAGGAAAUUUUUGAUGAACUCAGUAAUUGCAGCAACUUUGAAAAUGAAUACUACAUAUUAGUACAGCCACCCUUGGAAUCUAAUAAUUAACAAUGCAAUAUGGAAUUAUAAAUCUGGGUUUUUUUUUUUUAAUUAUAUAGAUUUAAAUUGAUACAAUAUUACAAUUGAUGGUGCUUUAUUUUA